AUGAAUGCUCUUUGUUCUACAAAGCAAGCAUAUCAUUGGUUUGAAAACCAACAGACAAAAGAACUUUUAGAAGAAUUUCCUCAUAUGAUUGCUUCCCUCGGAAAACCGGGGGAAGAGAUUCCGUAUGAAAAUCGCAAGAAUUUGGCUCCUGGUUUGAAAGGUUAUUAUGUUCAUAGACUUUUAGUAAACGCUGUAGCAAUGUGGGCUUCACCUCGUUAUGCUUGUUAUAUUUUCAUGAUGUUAGAUGAACUAUAUAAAGCAGAACGUGAAGAUAUGGAAAUGAAACUUCAUGCAAAAGAUGAAGUCAUUGAAUCCAAAGACAAAAGCAUACAGAAAAGAAUACCACGUUCAGUACCAAAAGGAAAGGAAAAGAGUUAUAAGUAUAUGAUAUAUACUGAAGAGUUGGAGAAAGAAGAAGACAGUGACAUGGUUAUGUUGCAUUUAGUCAGAAGAAACAACAAAAGCUUUUAUGACCUUGCUAAGAUUUACAAAUCUGACAGAAACUGGUUCUAUCGUGAAAACUUACCGAUUUCAAUGACACCGAAUGAAGAUGUUAAACAGAUAGUUCAAGACACACUUCCUCAAACACACUAUGACAUCAAAG